AUGUCUGAUAAACCUAAAAAGACUUCGCAUCUAAUAGGUGGAUUUGUUGGUGGAUUGACAUCUGCAGUGGUUCUGCAACCAUUCGACUUAUUGAAGACAAGACUUCAGCAAAAUACAGGAUCCACUUUACUAGGGGUAGUGCAAUCCAUCGACUCACCAGCCCAAUUAUGGAAAGGUACGGUACCUUCAGCACUUCGAACAUCUGUGGGAAGUGCUCUGUUUCUUUCGACCUUGAACGUGGUAAGGUCGACAAUAUCUGAGCGAAGGGCAACUGCAGCUGGUCGCAUAAUGAGUAACAGUAGUUCUUUGCCUAAGCUGUCCAUGUCUGAAAAUCUAAUAUCUGGAGCAUUGACUAGAGCAGCAGUUGGAGUUGUCACAAUGCCAAUAACUGUACUUAAAGUAAGGUUCGAAUCAACGAUGUAUGACUACAAGACAAUUGGCGAAGCCGCCAAACAUAUUUAUCGCUCAGAAGGCAUAAAAGGUCUUUUCAGCGGAUGCAAUGCUACCAUAUUGAGGGACGCUCCUUACGCGGGGCUCUACGUCUUACUUUACGAACAAUCAAAACUACAACUGCCGCAAUUGUUGCCGUCCUGGCUGGUGACUAGCAACGACCAAGGUAAGUUCUCCACUACGACUUCGACUAUUAUCAAUUCCAUCGCAGCGUUCGGCUCCGCAAGUAUGGCCACAACGAUCACCGCACCAUUUGAUACUAUCAAAACUAGAAUGCAACUGAAACCGACUCAAUACUCCGGGUUCCUGCAGACGUUUUAUUCGAUUAUCAGAAAUGAGCAGCCAAAAAACCUCUUUGAUGGACUGAGUCUAAGGCUCGCAAGAAAAGCGUUCAGCGCAGGUAUAGCAUGGGGUAUCUACGAGGAACUAAUAAAAAGGAUCGUUUAG